CAGACAUCAGCAAAAAAGGUUUUUAAAUGGGGGAAUGCAUCUUUUUACUUUUCAUGUGUCUUUGCUUGAGUGUUUCAAAGUCUAUUGAUAAUAAUGACCUUGGAUGUUGUGGAAGGAACGACAAUGGAUCAUGCACGUAUUGUUGUGUUAAUUACAUUUGGAUCAAUCUCACGUGUGUAGAAUGUGAGGGAUCAUAUGGCAAAAACUGCACUGAAAUUUGCACAUACCCGUACUUUGGAAGCAGAUGCUCACAGAAAUGUCAAUGCAAUGAAAGUUUCUGUGAUCCAGUUAUUGGCUGUGUACCCGAUAUAGUUGAUAUGGAUUUAAAGAAAAACGUUACCGGGUUAAAUGAUGAUGCAACAGAUACACCUAUCGAUGAUAGUUAUUACCUCCGAUCUGUCGUAGCAGCAAUCAGCGUUGCGCUGUGUGUGAGUUUCUUUACAAUAGUAUUGCUGCUAGUUCUUCUCUACAGACGACAACAGAACAAGCAGACCCAGGCAGUAGAAAGUCAUGAGUUACAAACUGCCGGUGAAACAAUGGAUGAGUCCGAGCAGUGUACACGUCAGAUGAAAAUGAACAGUUACAGACAUGUUGGAAGCGUCGUUGGGAGACCGCUUCCUGAAAACACCAAUGAAGCUCACUUCUAUCAAGACGUUGAAGACAACAACACAACUGACCCAUGUAAAGGUACCAAUACAGACGAGUUAGCACAAGAAGAGAAAACGACGUCUUAUGAAUACCAGAAACUCUUAUUCGGAGAGGGCGAGAGCGGGUUGUGAAAAAAAUAUUAGGGAUGUAAAUAAAUUAGAACCACGUCAAGUGAAGGAACUUGCAAUUAUUGGAAAAAAUCUACUUUUCAGCAAGCACGUGUUUAUUUAAUGUUUAUUCCAGUAAAAUAUUUUGCUUUUAUCGUGUAAUUUGUAAAUAUGGACAUAUUUAUCACUGGGGCAAACAAGUUUAGUUUAUAUCCAAGCAUUUAAUGUCAAACUGUUUUCGCCAUGAGUCGUAAGGUACAUCUCAAUACAAGAUAUAUUGAAGGAAAAAUGGUCUUUUAAAAUUAACAUUUAAAAUUAUCUUAAUAUUAAUAAAAUUAUCUGGUGUAGUAUAAACAAAUAAAAUCACCAUUUAAAAAAAAUAUUUCAGAGAAAAAAUCAAUAAACAAUUUUUUUUAUAGCUUAAAUAUAGUUUUUUGUUAAAGACUGACUAUUGUGCCAAGAAAAGUAAAAUUUAGAAUCUUUUAACAUUAGCCUAUAAGCCUAUAAGUUGAAUUAGUAAACGAUUUGAAUCACAAUUUAAUUGUUCCUUGUACAACUUGCAUGACAU